GUUUCUAUUCGCUCAUCUAUGGUUCCUUUGAGAUUAGAUUCUCUUUUCUACUUUUUUAUGUGAACACAACGAUUCUUUUGCUUAUUUUAGAUUUGGAUACCUUGAAGUUUUUGAUUCUCUGAUAGUUCUUGUUGUAGUUUUGCUUUUUUCUUUCCUUUUUUUUGUUAAUUUAAUGUCUUGCUUUUUUUGUUCCUUUGCUGUCUGCUUUAAUUUCACCAAUGGUAACUAAAUUUCUAGCAAUCAUUAGAUUUUCAUUUGUAUCAUUCCAUUUUUUUUAAAAUUUUUAUUUCAAUGAAAUUGUUAUUUCUAGAUUUUGGUAGAAUGUCAGCAAGAGAUUAUUUCUAAUUUAGCUAACUUUUCUAUUAAAAAGUUGCAAUAAUUGUUUUUCUUAAUCAGAAUCUUAAGGCUCAUUGGUAGGAAUUUUUAUUUGGUAGAACAAGUUCAUGAUUAUUAUGGGUUGGGACCCACGAUAGCACGAUCAACGAUGUAUGAUUUUUGAUUUUUUCAUUGGAUUCACUGGUUUUUUCAUAAUGCUCGAGCUCUUAUGAUCUCCAUUUUUGUCAACCGUUGGAUCAGUUGAUGGUCAUGGUUGAACAGUUUUAAUUUUUUAAAUCAAAUCCAAUGGUGGACAAUGUAAGUAAAUCCAGAGCUCAAGCACUUUGAAUUUUUUUUUUUUUUACUGCUCAUAAAUGCAGCGUGUAUUAUUGAAAAUUACAGUGCAUGGUUUCUCCUUCUAUUUGCAACUGAAAGGGGCACUCUACCCAAUUUUUGGGCCACCAGAUUGCUGAUUCAUUUCCUGAUGAGAGAGCAAGAAUUCACUUGCUUCUAUUCAUUUUCUUGCUUGACUUGCAAGAAUUUUCUUGUUAUCAAUGCCUUUGCUCAGCACCAACUUGUCUUAAGAGGAAGGGAGAUAUUUAUUUCAGAUCCUGGACAGAGAUGGAAGUUUUCCAGCCCUUCAAAACUGCUGAUAGGCAAAGACACCGCCCCUUAACUCCUUUUAGGUUCACAAGGGGUCUGAUAUGUCUGCUGGUGUUUCUUUCCACUUCUUUUAUGUUUCUAGUGUAUUUUGGACCGCUGGCCUUAAUGACACGGCUUGCCAAUGUGCACUAUCCCAGAAAAGUAGCCUCGUUCAUAUUUUCUAUUUGGCUAACUUUGUGGCCUUUUCUAUUUGAAAAGAUAAAUGGGACUAAAGUUGUAUUUUCUGGGAAUUCUGUUCCACCAAAAGAACGUGUUUUGAUUAUUUCCAAUCACAGAACUGAGGUUGAUUGGAUGUACUUGUGGGAUCUUGCAUUGCGUAAAGGGUGCCUGGGCUCAAUUAAGUAUAUCCUCAAGAGCAGCUUGAUGAAACUUCCUGUCUUUGGUUGGGGUUUUCACAUUUUGGAGUUCAUUUCUGUUGAUAGGAAGUGGGAAGUUGAUGAACCUGUCAUGCAUCAAAUGCUUUCGACUUUCAAGGAUCCUCGAGAUCGCUUGUGGCUUGCUCUUUUUCCUGAAGGGACUGAUUUUACAGAACUGAAAUGUCUAAGGAGUAAAAAAUUUGCAGCUGAAGUUGGACUUCCUGUGCUGACGAAUGUGCUGCUUCCGAAAACAAAGGGUUUUUGUCUUUGCUUGGAAGUGCUUCGGAGUUCCUUGGAUGCAGUUUAUGAUAUAAGUAUUGCAUACAAGCAUCAAUGCCCUACCUUUUUGGACAAUGUAUUUGGUGUGGAUCCUGCAGAAGUCCACAUUCACAUUCGACGUAUCCCAGUCAAGGAUAUCCCAGCAUCUGAUAGUGAGGCUGCUGCCUGGUUAAUGAAUACCUUCCAGCUCAAGGAUCGAUUACUAUCAGAUUUCAAAAUUCAUGGCCAUUUCCCUAACGAAGGAACAGGAGAAGAACUUUCUACAUUGAAAUGCUUGGUAAAUCUUAUGACGGUAAUUUCCUUGACUGCCAUAUUUACUUAUCUCACCCUUUUUUCAUCCAUUUGGUUCAAAAUAUAUGUAAGUUCAGCUUGUGCAUUUCUUACCUUAGCUACUUACUUUAAAAUUCAGCCAAUGCCACUUAUAGGCUCUUUUACACCAGUGUUUCGUUGCAAGAAAACAUAGUAAUGAAUAGCUUGUCGUAUAAGAUCAAAUACACAAGUUAGAUCUCAUGUGAACCUUAUUGCAAAUUGAUAGGAACUUAUAUUUCAAUAUUUUUUCCCAAUAUUAUCAGGUAAAGGGCGAAUAAUCUAUUUGACGGUAAAACUUAUUCCCUUGGCCUUUUAUAGCAUUGAAGUUUAUCACCAAAAUGAUUGAUGUAAAACAAAGAAUCUUGAUCACUUAUACCAUGAAAGGAUAUAGUACUGUUCCAAUUAAAAGGGCAAUUAUGAAUCCCUUUGGAGGCUUGCUUGUAAUUUGUAAUUAUAUGAGUAACUACGGUUGGUUUUGGUUCA